GUUUUAAAAAGUUAAAAAUUCAGAUAGUUUCAAUUAGUAAAAAUGACUGAAGAUGAAAAUAUUGCAAAUAAGCAAAUGAUAGCGACCAGAUUCGCACAUUAUCCAACAGUAACUUUUUUAUACCCAACUCAACAGAUAGAAUAAUUUUCCCGUUUGACACUUUUCAUGAGCAUCCAAAUGUUCACUGUGUGGACAUUGUUACAGAGUUUAACUAAAGUCGUGGUGAAAUUUCACUGUUGGUAGUUUACAAAUAUAAGAACAGUUAUAAGCAGGAGAUGAAAAUCUUGCAAAUAUAUGUAAAAAGCGUUGGAAUAAAGUUUUAUAAAGGUUUUAAAAAGUUGAAAAAUUCAGAUAGUUUCAAUUAGUAAAAAUGACUGAAGAUGAAAAUAUUGCAAAGCAAAUGAUGGCGACCAGAUCCCGCAAUAGAGAAAAAAACCUACACAAAGAAGUAAAUUUACCUGAAGGCGACCGGUUACAAUUGCAACAGCGCAUAUCAGAAUUCAUAGCCGGUACAGAUGUUGAGUUGAUCAUUCCAGGGUUAUCCAAUGCCCAAAGGAAAUAUGUUCAUAAAUAUAUUGCUCGGCUUGGACUAUUGUCGCGAAGCUAUGGUUCGAAAAAUAACCGUGUAUUACAUAUUACACACCGUAAACGUCUUAAAUUAUCAGGAUGUUUACGUAAAUUUGAAUUGUCGUCUGCUAGUCGAUCGGUAUUGGAGAAAUUACAUUUGUAUGACGCCCCUUCAAGUGAGAGAAGCCACCUUGAACGUCGGCAACGUCUACAAAAAAAGAACCGAAUUCGUAGCGAGGCAUUAUUAGGUGGAUUGGGACCUCGUCUUGUGCCACCACAUCCAAAUCGCAUAUCUAACGAACUUUAUCGAGAUAAAAAGGAACUUCCAAUUUAUUUUUAUCAAGAUGAAAUAAAUAAAAUUUUGAAACAAAGUCCCAUUUUAAUAAUUAGUGGAGAAACUGGUUCGGGGAAAACCACACAAGUGCCACAAUAUAUUUUAAACGAUAGUACGCGUAGAAAUCGGUCAUGUAGAAUAGUUGUUACACAACCGAGACGAGUAGCAGCGGUUUCUGUCGCCCAUAGAGUGGCAGAAGAAAGAGGUGAACAAAUCGGAAAUACUGUUGGUUAUCAAAUACGUUUGGAAAGUCGUGUUCAGAAAAAUACAAAUUUAAUCUACACAACAAGUGGUUGUCUCCUACGUUCUAUAAUGACUGAUACGAACGAUUUCUUUCGAAAAAUAUCUCAUUUAGUAAUAGAUGAAAUUCACGAACGAGAUAAGUACACAGAUUUUAUACUUAUAACCAUUAAAGACCAACUACGGAAAAAUAAAGAUCUUAAAGUUAUUCUUAUGUCAGCUACAAUGGAUAUAAAUUUACUGUCAAAAUACUUCGAAAAUUGUCCAGUGGUAAAUGUACCCGGUCAGGGCUAUAAUGUAAAAAUAUUCCACCUUGAAGACAUUCUUUAUAGAACGGGCUACCGAACCGCUUUAAUGGAAAAAUAUUUACGCUCAAUGAACGAAAUUGACGCACCAAAGUGUAAAGAAAUAUAUACGAACACUGACAAAGAUGAGUGUAAAUCAAAUGGGAUGCAAUCAAAUAUAAAUGAUACACAUUUACAACUCAGUCUAGAUGCCCUUAUUGAUCAGUGUUUUGCUGAAAACUACCGAUGCGAAGAGGAAUUGUUCGCUUUGUUUGAUCAAAUUCAGUAUUUUAUUGAAAGUGAAGGUAUGCCAGUAGAUAUGGUGCAUUCACGAACAGGCACAACCGCACUUAUGGCGGCUAGUAAAUGUAAUUUGCCAAAAUAUUUGAAACUAUUUCUGCAUCAUAAAGCCAAUGUCCAUCUAGUUAAUGUUGAAGGCUUAACUUCUCUCGAUUACGCGAACAUGCAUUCGGAUAAAAUUUGUAUGAAAAUAUUGCAAAGUCUAGAUAUUGUCCAUAAAGAUCAGAAGAUAUUAAACCAGGAAUUGAACGAAAAGCAACGUAUUUUAUACGCCUAUCAGAAGCAAUUUAAUGAUGAGAAUGAAGUUGAUCAUGAUCUGAUUUUGUCACUAAUAGAAGGUCUAUAUCGUAGUCCCCAUCCUGGUGCUAUCAUGGUAUUUUUGCCAGGAUACAAUGAUAUAGUGCAACAAAGAGAUCUUAUUCAAAGUACACUUCCAGUUAACACAUUUCGGAUUUGCAUUCUUCAUGGUCAGAUGGAUUCAAACGAUCAGAUCGAAGCACUCCAAAGACAUUUAGUCCGAAAAAUAAUACUAUCUACAAACAUUGGACAGACGUCAAUAACAAUACCAGAUUUAGCCUACAUUAUUGAUUCGGGAAAAGUUAAAAUGAAAACACAUGAUUCAAUCACGGAAUCGUCUCAACUUCAGUCGGUAUGGAUAUCAAAGGCAGACGCAAAUCAACGGUCUGGACGUGCUGGUCGGACUCAGAAUGGUGUUUGUUAUCGAUUAUUUUCUACGGCAACAUAUGACUAUAUGCCAAUGUUUAGUGUUCCCGAAUUUAUGCGAAUUCCAUUGACCGAAAUUUGCUUGUACGCGAAGACGUUAGAUCGUCAAAGCGAUGUACAAUCAUAUUUAGCUCGUUCUUUAAACCCUCCUUCAAACGUAAGUGUACAGAAUGCUAUUAGGAAACUCCAAAUCUUAGAAGUUUUUGAUGGAGAUGAAAACGUGACGGAGUUAGGCAGACAUCUAGUUGAAAUUCCUCUGGAUGUCCAGCUUGGCAAGUGCUUGAUGUAUGGAAUUUUUUUAAAAUGUUUUGAUUCUAUAUUGACUAUUGUCGCUUAUCACUCUGUAAAAGAUCCUUUCAUCUUACCAACAGACCGUGCAGCCCAAGGUCAUGCUUCAUUCCAACGUAAAUCUUUUGCAGGGAAGACAUUCAGUGAUCAACUGGGUAUUUUGUUAUUAUAUAAAUCUUACUGCUCCGUUCGCAACAAUAAAAAACGUGUUCGAGACUUCUGUAGCAAAUACUUCCUGUCACACUCUGCUAUGGAAACAUUUUGCGCGACGCGGCGUCAAAUAGCUGACCUAUCAGCCCAAAAAUUUCAUAUAGGCCAAGAAACAUCUCUAUUCAAUGAUGAUUGGAAUAUUGUUCGUUGCUGUUUGGUUGCCGGCUUCUAUCCUAAUGUGGCAGUAAUUGAUCGUGAACAUAAAACUCUAAUGUCGGGGGCCGAGAAACGAUUGCUUCUACAACGGACAUCGGCAUUGAACCCACCAGGUAUGAAGAAUUUUAAAGAAUUCAUUGAUCAGUUGCCAUACGAUUGGGUGGUGUUCUACGAAAAAACACGUGUUGGGAAAACUUGUUCCAUAAACAUGAACACUGUAGUUUCACCUAUAGUAAUUAUUCUUCACUGUGGCAAAGACUGUUUACUGGAUGAAGACAUAUCGGACAACUCUGAAGUUUCAGAUAACGAAGAACUCCUUUUAGAGUCUACAGAAGUUGGUUCAGAAACAAAAAUAAACGAAUUAUUGAAUAAAAGCGUAAAAGCACUUUCGUUAUCAGAACCUACAGCAGUUAAUAACCAAAGCGCUAUAAUGUCUUUAGAUCAUUGGAUAAAAUUUGAAUUACCUACCAAAGACGCUAAAAUGCUUUUACAACUACGAGUUCUAAUAAAAUCUCAAUUUGAAGCAUUCUUACGAAAUGGUCAUUGUAUGCAAACAUCAACUUCAGUUUAUUGCAUACAAAAACUUCUUCAUAGCUUAGAUAAUAUUUUCCCAACAUAAAUUACACCUGUUUUUACCUAUAUGUACAGUAAUACUUAAUAUCCGUAAGUACUGUCUUAAUUUAGUUACUGUAUUAUGCAUUUUUAAUAUGAAAUUUUAAAUAACCAUAUUAUAUAAAUACAAAAUUCAUUAAAUGAAGUUUAACUAUAAAAAUACUUUAAAUGUUUCCUUUGUAAAUGUGUAAAAUUUUUUUAUUCAAAAACAGCAAACAAAAUAAUUUUGUUGUAACAUUUGUAUUUCUCAUUAUCUCUAUUAUAAGCACCGUUGGGUUUUAAAAUGUGAGACAGUAAAAUUAUUAUAAUAAAAUCACAAAUAUUUAAGUAAUGAUGGAAUAUUUUGUACAUAUUUUAGUAGACUUGGUAACCUUAGAUAUUUUCAACAUCAAAAAAAUAGGAAUUAAUUCUUUAACUAUGAAUGAUGAAUGAUAAACGUAUGCCCCUUUACGGUUUUGAACUCAAUUGCAUUUUCUCUCGUUUAAAUUUUUGCUCGAGUUAUAGUUUGCAGACAGACAGUCAUUCGGAAUUCAUAUAAAUUCGCCUACUUCCCAUAUAACACAACUUUAAAUUCUAUGUGAUAUUUUCACGUUCCAUUAUACAAAUCAAGCACCAAAUAAUUUAUCGGGAUAAAACUUUGCCCAAAUAGUGCCUUUAAGGUAUGCCAUUUCAGGUCUAAAAAUUGUCAAAAUCGGACCAUAACUGCUCGAGCCCCAGAAACCGGAAAUGUAAACGUCAGGGGCUAUGACUGACUUUUUAGAGAAUAUAUAGGACAUUGCGUGAGUGAAAUAAGGAUACAAUCCUUUCCUGAUAACGGUAUGUCAAAAAUUGGUUGAAUCGGGUCAAUAUUUCCCUUAGACCCCAAAUACGUAAUAGAUUUUCGAAUUUCCGGCUGACCUUACACGCGAUAUAUCGGCCAAUAUGUGAGUUAAUUAAAUUGAGUGAGCGUGUAUUAUUCCGAACGGUGCAUCUCUGUACCUAACUUGCCCUAUCCGCCACAUAACUAAUAUCAGGAUUUGACUUUACUACUUAUAUGUUGUAAAUGGGAGGUGAGGUACCUUAAUGAAAUUCAGAGAAAAUCAAAAUAGAUAAAAUCGAAUCGAUAAAUCGAAAAGAAUAAUUAAAGAUUUUCAAACUUCCGGUUGGUCUUAUACCGUACAUAUCGUUCAAUAUAUAAGAUAUUUUAGCAAAAUUAACUGAACGUAUAAUAUUGAAUACAUGUAUGUAUUUACUUACCUUAAUUUAAUGCCGAAAAUAUGUGAAAAUCUGUAAAAUCAAAAAUUUUGGAUUAAAAACUCAAAUUUUUAAAAUUUUAAAUUGUAAGCGGUAAUUCAUAAAUCAUAAUUAUAGACAACAAGGUUACAGCAACCGUUGACGUCAUAGAGUGGGACGAAUUUGAAAAAUAAAUCAUUCAUUAUCUUAUUAUUACCUGAUAUAUCUCUAUUAAGAGAUCAAGGGGUUUUAAAAAAAUCGUUUAAUUUAGUAACGAAAUUUUAGGCAAUUAGCUUCUUCCAAAUAUUUUUGGACGCUUAUAGACCAGAAGGUUUUUUUGCGUCAAUUAUGCGGCACCCAAACAUCAAACUUUUUUUUGUAUCCAGCCUUCUGCAGAUGGUUCAAAAUGGUUUGGUGACUAACUCCCAUCUCCUGGGCGAUGUCACGAGAUGCCCUAUGCCGGUCUAACUCGAUGUAUUCCAUGAUUUGAUCGGUAUUUGUCGUCACAGGUCUUCCGCCGGCUGGCUUAUCCAUGGUGUCGUUUUUCGGCGUUAGUGAACUCCAUGUUUACACGUCUAUAACUGUUGAACGCAAUAUCCAAAAUAAUCAUGCAUAGCGUUGUUUUGUAGGUUAUGUCAAGACCUUUCAAAUUAUGUAUAGUGUUGCCAGAUACGAGCUCUGUAGCGCUUUGUACAUAGCCGCGAAAUUCAAAAGACAAAAAAGCGGAAGGAAGAUACCUUCCACCCUUAUAUAUAAAAAUUGUUUUCGCUUGUAUCGUAACCAGAGUCGCAAAUAAUGCACUAAAAAAAUAAUUUAAUUAACAUAUGAAUUGCUAUUUAUUUUGUAUUUUGUAAUCCCAAAUACGGGUUUAACAAAAAAAAACAUUAAUCCCACAAACUGGAAUAUAAAUUAUUUUUAACUUUUAGUCCCAACUACUGGAUAUAUUCGAAAUAAAA